CUUACCCCAAGUUGAAGAACCAAAUAGCUCUCUUCUUUGUUGUUGAUUUUUGAGAGAGAGAGAGAGAGAGUAAUGGCGGUGAGAGCAGCAAAAACAGCACUUUUGGAACCUCGAGGGUUUAACUUAAGCAGAAGACUUUUCUCAAACUUCCCUUAUUCUCCUCUAUCAUCACAUGCUACAACACCUACACCUCCUCCAGCCGCCGAACCUUCUACAAACCUCUUCGUCUCAGGGCUUAGUAAACGUACAACCGACGAUGGACUUAGAAAAGCAUUUGCAGAGUUCGGUGAAGUCCUUCAUGCUAGAGUUGCGAAAGAUCGUAACUCGGGAUAUUCCAGGGGAUUUGGUUUUGUAAGAUAUGCUACUCUGGAAGAGGCUGCAGCGGGUAUAGCUGGUAUGGAUGGCAAGUUUCUGGACGGUUGGGUAAUUUUCGCGGAGUACUCAAGACCCAGACCACAGCAACCUCCUCCUCAUAACAACGGCGGACAUGGUUAUAACACACCUCAGUCAUCUCCAAGAUAUUGAAUUCGCUGAUUCAUUAAUAUCUAUAGAUAUCUCUUAUUUUCUCCGAGACUACUUUGGAUUUUUCUUUCAUCACCUGUGGAAUUAUCCCAGAUAUUGUAAGUUAUAACAUCAUUUGGAUUAUAAAAUCAAGUAUAACAUCAUUUGGAUUCAACGAAGAUUUUGCAAAAUUGCAAGUAGUUUUAGUAAAA